AUGCUUGCCAAACACGUCCUUGCCGUCCUUCUGUCCGUUGGCGCUUCCGCCAUUCCUUUCGACAAGCGAGAUGCAUCCACUGUCCUUGCUGAUUUUGGUACACUCUCGACCGAUCUGUCGGCUCUCGGCUCUGCUAUUUCGAGCUUCGAUGGAACGCUCAAUGGUGCCUUGGCCGUCCAGCAGAAGGAAGGCGCAGUGGAGACAACAUUGAAGCAAACCGUCAGCGAUGUGAAAGCAUCUACUGCAUUCAGUGCCGCUGACAGCACAAGCGUGACCAAUGCUGUGACUGGUCUGGAGCCUAGUAUUGUGACCGUUCUCAAUGAUCUUGUAUCUAAGAAAUCCGGGUUUGACUCUGCUGGAGUUACCAGCGUUGUCGUUUCGGAUCUCAACUCCCUCCAUGGUCUUACUGGUCAGCUCUCAACUGAGCUCCAGUCGAAGGUCACUUCGGGUGACGCAUCCACCAUUUCUGCUGAGGCUGCGCGUCUUGAUGCGGAAUACCAAAAGGCUAUCGCUGCCUAUUCCUAA